CAGUUCGGUUGGAUGUUAGGACGUUCGCUGACUGAAGGAAUGUCCCCGGUUCUGCAUCUCCUGUGGGCUCUAAUGGUCCAUUUACCAGGUAUCCUGGCGGUCCCAGUCCUCAAUCAGACCCCAGUGCCCGGUCCUGUCUCCGCGGGGCAGACUGCCCGUUUAGAGUGCCGGAUACAGAACGGAAACGUUGCAAGUUACACAUUUGCUUGGGACCGACAUUGUCCCGGGAAGAGACCGGAGGGGGUGAUUAGUCAUACCACGAGUAAUAUCAUUUACAGAGGACCCGGCAUCACCGAACGUUUUCAACCGUCCAGAGACACCUCCGCCAACAGUCACAUCCUGACCAUCUGCAGCUUGGAGCCCGGCGACUCGGCCGUCUAUUACUGCAGAGUGUGGGAAAGUGGUGUUGGUUGGUUCUACGGACCGGGGACGAUUCUGGAGAUAAAGAGUAGCGAGAGCAGAAAGCCCUCGAUUCACUUGCUCCCUCCCUCUCCCGAUGAGACCGGCUCGGGUAUUGCCACUCUAUCCUGCCUAGUGAGCGGCUUUAAGCCGGGCUUGGUCGCGCUGCGCUGGAACGUGGAUGGCGUGGAGACGGACAGUGGUGUGAUGACAAGCGCCGUGUCCACGGACACCGACCAGACCUACAGGCUGAGCAGUUACCUGCGAGUAACCACCGCUGCCUGGAACAAGGGCUCGAGUUAUUCCUGCAGCGUGAGCCACAGCUCGCUGAGCUCGCCACUGCGAAACACCAUCUCUUCGUCCGCCUGUGCGCAGUGA